CUUGGCCGCUAUGCUAAUAAAAUGCGGAGGCUUACUACCAACCAGCCUCGCAAACCCUGGCAUCAACGCACCAGGACUUGGUACAAGCUUUCAGCAGCUGACAAAGCUGUUUUGAAAGACAAACGGCUAACACACCGUGUUUCAUAUGCACAGGCACUCCAAGAGGCUCGCAACAUCGUAAAUGAACAAGCAAAGUUGCUACAUGAGAGAUUCGGCAAACACAGUGUCGAGUACUACUUUGGAGAACUUAUGCAGCGCGCUCGAGUAGCACAGUCAUCACGCAGCCCCACGCGGUGGAAUGCGUUUGUUCGCAAAGAAGUGAAACGCAUCAACGCUGAACGUCCUUCUGGCUCUCCAUCUGUCAAAGCCUCACAAUGCGUGAAAGAGCUUGCAUCACGUUGGAACAAUAUGACAAAGGCCGCACAAGAGGAGGAAACCAAUGAUGCAGUACAGUCACUCGAAGAAUUUCGUGAAAUGAAAAAUCUUGCUCUCCACAACGUGCCUUUAAAUGCUUUUCAAGAUGCUCGCUCUUUGAACGCUCGCACAGGUGUUGAAGUCUUGAUCAUCGCAACGCGCUCCAACCUCGAUCAUUUCAACCAGCCGCACCUCUUUCACACUCAACGAGCUGCAGAUUUUCUGGAUGCAUGCUACGGUACUUCAGCUAUGGAUGUUGCCUUGCGUAUGGAGGCCUUCUGCAUCGCUGGUGUCCAAGAAGCUGAAGCUGCACCUUUCAAAGUCCCUUGUAUGUACUAUCAAAACUUCGACUCUUAUAUCACCACCAAAUUCCAUAUCAUCCUCGAGAACUGGCCGCUCAGCAAGUUCUGCGCCCCAGGGGACAUCAGCUCA